UCGAGUGCAGAGAGUUUAACCACCCCAGAAAAGUCAGCCUAAAAAAUAUCUGAAAAUAUGUUCAAAUACGUGUUGGUCGCCAGCCUGCUGGUCACAAUCGCCCUCGCCGCCCCUGCCCGUGAAGAAUCCGAUGCCGAAAGACAAGAGCGAGAGGAAUUGGAGAGGUAUCAGAAUGAAAAUGCCCAAUACUCCUUCAACUCCAACGUGGAUGACAAGAUCAAUGACGGUCAAAUUAGCCGGACAGAGGAGCGUGAUGGUGGCACUGUGCGCGGCUCCUACAGCUACUUUGAUGGUUUCGUUCAACGCCAUGUGGAAUACAUUGCCGAUAAGGAUGGCUACAGGGUGCUGAAGGACGAGAUGAAGGACGUUGGCAAUGGCCCCCAGUUCAAUCCCGAAGGCCAAGCUGAUGUUGAGGGCUCCCUCAUCGGCAAAUACUCGAUCAAGUUGGACAAGGACGAUGACGAGAAGCACUACAAGGAUAUCCAUGCCUAAGGAGAGGGACUAC